AUUUUUUGAUGCUUAGAUAAUCGAUCACAUUGUUCCUGAAACCAAUCAUUAUGCGAUUCAAAAGAAAUUCAAAAAAUGGUUCCCGGUAACUGCUGGUGAAAUGAGAGUAUUUUUGGGGCUUAUAAUUCUUCAGAGUAUCAUAAAAAAACCUGAAAUGAGGCAAUAUUGGUCUAAAAAUCCUUUAUUACUGACGCCUUUUUUUGCAAAAUGCCUGAGCAAUAAAAGAUUUGAAGCAAUCAGGUCAAAUCUACAUUUUGCUGAUAACGAGACCUUUGACGCUGAGCACCACCCAAACCCAAAGUUACUCCAGAGAAACAUGUGGCAAUUGACGAAAGUCUUUUAUUAUACAAAGGUAGACUUGGCUGAAUCCAAUAUAUUAUUGGUUGUGGACUAUAACGAUACCAUGGGUGGAGUGGACCGAGUGGACCAGCACUUGGCUGACUAUACCUUACCAAGAAAAAGAGGUAAAAAAUAUUAUAAAAAAAUAUUUUUCCACCUUUUUUAUUUAGCCCUAUGGAACUCUUUUAUAAUAUAUGUAAAAACGGGCGGAACAAAAUCAGCACUUGUAUACCGAUUGGAGCUUAUAAAGCAAAUAAUGGAAAAAUAUCAUCAAACUGAGUUUACUCCAAGAACAGGACGACCUUCAACCCAGCUCACUCCGCUUCGUCUAAUAGGACGACAUUUUCCAGAUGUUAUUCCAGCUACUGAGAAAAAGACAAAUCCAACCAGGCAAUGUGGAAUUUGCAGCAGGGCUCGAGAUGAACGCGGAAAGAAAAUUAGAAGAGAAAACAAAUAUUACUGUGCAGAUUGCGAAACCCCCUUGUGUGUGACUCCAUGUUUUAGGAUUUACCACACAGUUGCAAAUAUUUAG